AUGAAAAAGGCCAAUCCGAUCGCUAAUCGUCCAUCGUUUGCCGGCAUUUUGGAAGCCAUCCGGCACAACGACCUGGUCACUUUAAAAACGCUGAUUAACAAAAGCGGAGUACAGCGAGAUGCAGAAGGCCAAACAGCUUUAAUGCACGCAGCCUUUCUCGGUAAUGAUGCAGCCUGUAAGCUCCUGCUUCCCCUGCAAGCGGGGUGCACAGACAAUAUGGGCUGCACAGCCCUAAUGUUCGCCGCCGAAAGAGGGCAUUUACAAAUAGUUAAGGGCUUGCUCGGCCACGAAGCCCGGAUGCAAGAUGGUAACGGUGUCACAGCACUGAUGCUAGCAGCACGAGGAGGUCAUCUAGCAUGUGUGCAAGAGCUAAUUCCCCACGAGUCCACAUUGACAGACCGAUCCCAUGGCACAGCACUCAUGUCAGCCGCGUUGUGCGGGCAUUCUGACAUUGUGCGGCUUCUCCUCCAGAAGGAGGCACGCGUUCAGACCGUGGAAGGGGUCUCUGCUCUCAUGGUUGCUGCACAAGGCGGUGACUUGGCGACAUGCAGACUACUUCUGGAGAAAGAGGCGGGGCUGCAAACACGAAAUGGGUGGACAGCCUUAGCGUUUGCUUGUAGAGAGAAGAACUAUUUAGUUGUUCAGCUUUUGAAGAGCAAGGAGGCAGGGCUCUGCGACAAAAAUGGCACGACAUCCCUGAUGCGUGCGGCUCGUGCAGGGUGUACACAAUCAGUCGAGUGCCUCCUCAAAGCAGAGACAAACCGUCAAGAUAAACGCGGGCGCACGGCUCUUAUGUAUGCUGCGAAUGCGGGGAACAUGGAGUGUGCCAAGCUGCUUGCAACCUAUGAAGCUGGCCAACAAGAUAAGCAAGGAGUCACUGCUCUCAUGAUAGCAGGUGAUAAGAACAAUGUGGAAAUAGUUACAUUACUGUUGGCUAGCGAGAGCUCUCUUACAACCAAGCAGGGUGCAACAGCAUUGACUUACGGAAACAUACCACAUUACACUCCCAUACUCAAUACAUUGAAGCACUACUUUAUUAUCACGGGAGGUGCUAUUGAUGUCAAGAAGAUAAAGCGGCGAACUGUAAUUGCAUAUCGGAAAAUACAUGCAGAGAUGCCUGCGCUUCUCUCGUUCUUUGAUAGGUUUUGCGCCUUGAUUAUGGAGAAUCUCACUGGCUCGUCGGCGUAUGUUGACACUGUGUUAUCUGACUGUCUUCUUGAACUUGACGACCUUCUGGCAAUCGAUCUCGAUGAAGGCAGCUGUGCCAUCUGUCUAGACUCUCUGCCAUCGAUUGUGUAUCUUCCGUGCAGACAUCUCUCCAUCUGUGAGCUUUGCAACAAUCUAUUACAUGACCGGAAAUGUCCGUUAUGCACGACACCCAUAACAUCCUUCUUUUCGCUAAACUAUGACCUCCCAUCUAACAAGCCCCAGCAGCCAGCUUCUCCUGUGGCACCGCCACCAAAAUCUAAGCAGGUGUCCAACACCCGUUCCUCCGUGACUUCUUCUUCUCAUGCUUAUACAGGUCCAGCCAAGCGUUCUGGAAGAGACCACAGGAUACGUGCACGAACAUUCCAAGAACUGGAUGCGGAAACAGUUCCUGGUGGGCAUUUCCUCCAGAGGGGCCUUAUUCGUGCAAUAAUAGAUGAUUGUGAAGAGCAGCAGCAGCAGUUGCUACGUAACCGUCGGCCUUCCGCCAUGCCUACUACGCCACAGACCAAUGACUCCCCAGUUAUUAUCAGAAGAGGGAAGACAGCGUUUGAGCAGUUGAUGGACGGCGAGAUGGACCUAAAUAUGUGGCCGGGGUCUAGCGUUCAAGAAGGCUCCUCUAAGAUGGGACCGCUGAAAGGGCAUUGA